CCUUAUUAGGAAAGUCCACAUUGCAAAGUCGAAAGUGCGUGUUAUCGUUCCCUGGAUGCAACAAAUAGUUCCCUGAACCAGAACGUUCCGUGUGAAAGAUGGCUGGGCAUUCAAUCUUGCUGGCUGCUGUCUCAGUCCUGUCGGCGUGUCAACAAAGUUAUUUUGCUUUGCAUGUAGGAAAAGCAAGAUUAAAAUACAAAGUUACACCCCCGGCAGUCUCUGGGUCACCAGAGUUUGAAAGAAUAUUUCGUGCACAACAAAACUGUGUGGAGUUUUACCCCGUAUUUCUGAUUACAUUGUGGAUGGCUGGAUGGUAUUUCAAUCAAGUUUUUGCUACCUGUCUGGGUCUGCUGUACAUAUAUGCCCGUCACCAGUAUUUCUGGGGAUAUUCAGAAGCAGCUAAAAAAAGGAUCACCGGUUUCCGGCUGAGUCUGGGGAGUCUGGCCUUGCUGACAGUCCUAGGCGCCCUGGGAAUUGCAAACAGCUUCCUGGACGAAUACCUGGACCUCAAUGUCGCCAAGAAACUGAGACCCUUCUAAUGUCCCCCCCUGCCCCUUUGCCCAAAUACUUGCAGAAGCUAUGUCCACCCUGAAGAUUAUGUGGGGUCAGUUGAUCAAUUUUUAAAAAGAAAAGUCUUUAUUCUGUUUUUCCUGAAAUGGCUUUGUAGGAAUAUACCCUUUAGAGAAUACCUUUUCUGUUGAAGAAUUAAAGUCCGCCAUGGAGGGCUGGAGCCCUGUCCUCAGUG